ACCGUGUAUGCCUUUGCAGAAGAGGAUAAGUUUUGAGUUCGGCGAUCUUUUAGGGAUGGAAGUUGCAGCUGGUCUAAAAUUGCUGUCAAACUACCUGGGUCGUAGUUGUAGUUUGAUGUUAUGAACCUUGCCGCUCUAUUUUGUACAGUUUCCAGCUGAUCUUGAAGAUAUAUUUGGUGUGGGUCCCAGGCAGUGCUCGCAUAUUCAAGGACAGGUCGUAUGAGUCCUUUGUAUGCCUGGAAGUUUAACUUCAAGUGGACAUGAUUGAAGAUUUCUUUUCAAUAAUCCUAAUGUCCUAUUUUUUCAUCUAAUUCUAUUCCAUUGAUAUGAGCUACCCUUACCAAGGAGGUGGUAACCCUGGUUACCCAGGUGGUGGUGGAUAUGCUCCCCCACCAAUGGCUGGAGGCUUUCCUCAGCAGGGGGGAAUGCCACAACCAGGUGGGAUGCCACAACCAGGAGGAAUGCCACAGCCUGGUGGCUACCCACAACCAGGUGGUGGAUACCCUCAGCAAGGAGGAGGAGGUUUCCAGCAACCACAGGGCUUUGGAGGUGGUAUGGGCAUGCCAACCCCUGAGUCAGCAUCAGCAGCUGCAUAUGGGCAGUCUGGGGCCCCAGGGGGAAUGCCUGGCUACCCUGCUCAACCCCAGCCAGGGGGCUUAGGCUUUGGAGGAGGAUCUGCGCCUCCAUCAGGACCAGGGUAUGGAGGAGCUCCUGGUUAUGGGGCCCCCCCAGCAGGAUACGGGGGAGCACCCCCUCCUCAGCCAGCCAUGCCGGCUUAUGGUCAGCCUCCCCAGCAACCAUAUCAGUCCAGUGCCCCAGCCCCAGCAUACGGUUCAAGUCCAGGUUACCAACCCCCACAGCAACAGGGGUAUGGCCAGCCCCAACAACAGGGGUACAACCAACCCCAGCAACAGGCGUACAACCAGCCCCCCGCUAACCCAGCCUAUGCAGGAUCAGCGCCAGGAGGGUAUGGAGCUUCCGCUUCCACAGCUCCACCUGGUGGCCAUUCAUACGGUUCUCCUGCCUCCAACAUGGGAGGAGGAAUCGCUGGAGCAGGUGCAUUUAAACAAAAGACCGAAGGCACAGUGAAGCCAUGCAGGAAUUUCAAUGCGGAGAAUGAUGCCAAUGUUCUCAGGAAAGCCAUGAAGGGGCUUGGAACGGAUGAAAAGGCCAUCAUAGAUAUCUUGGCUUUCCGAUCAAAUGAACAAAGACAGCAGAUCAAAAUCAUGUUUAAAACCUGCUUUGGUAGGGAUCUAAUUCACGAUUUGAAGAGUGAGCUAGGCGGCAAGUUUGAAGAUGUGAUAUUGGCUUUGAUGAUGAAACCUGAGGAAUUUGAUGCUUAUGAGCUGAAGCGAGCUAUGAAGGGACUAGGAACGGAUGAGGAUGCCAUGAUUGAAAUCUUAUGUACAAGGAGUAAUAAAGAAAUCCAGGCCGCCAGUGCUGCCUAUAAAACAUUGUAUAAAAGUGUCUUGGAGAAGGCCAUACAGGGAGACACAUCUGGAAACUUUAAGCGGCUGAUGAUAUCCAUGUCAGCAGUAAGUGUCGGUCAAUAGGCUACAUCUUGACGC